AUGGCCGACAACGGAGUCCACCAGCUCACUCAAGCCAAACUCCUGGCUCAGAUGGCCGAAUUACAAGCAGAAGUCAAACGGCUCGCUGGGUUGUCCACCCAAAACAGUGCCAACAAGCAUGAUGAGAAGGGCCCAACCAAAGGCAGUACAGGCCUACUAAGUGUCAACCCACCAAAAGAGAAGCUUACCUUAGACAACCCUUUUUCGGAGGAAAUCACCAACCACCAGAUGCCAAAGAAUUUCAUGCUACCCUCUUCGCUUGAGCCAUAUAAGGGGAUUGGUGACCCUCAGGCUCAUAUUAAGAAAUUUCAAUCUAUGAUAUUUUUCAAUGGCCCUAACAAUGAACCUGUUCUUUGUAGAGCUUUCCCUACCUACCUCGACGACGCUGUAUUACUGUGGUUUUCAAAAUUACCUGCAGGGUCGAUCUCUUCCUUUGAAGAACUGGCGAAGUCCUUCAUAGACUACUUCUCCGUAGCACGGAUAUACGUACAUAGAUCAGAUUACCUCGGCACCAUCUGCCAGGGUCCCCAGGAAAGCCUGAAAGACUAUCUGACCAGAUUCACAGAAGCAAUAAUGGAAAUACCUGAUCUGGACCCCGCUGUCCGCCUACGUGCCCUCAAGGCCGGCCUCCGACCCGGAAAGUUCAGAGAGACGAUAGCAAUCACCAAGCCGAAGACAUUAGAGGAGUUCCGGGAGAGAGCAGCUGGACAAAUGGAGAUUGAAGAACUACGUGAGGCCAACAGAACAGAAAGAAAACCUAGAAGGGAGGAAGACAGAAUGCCAAGGUCGGCGAACAACAAAGAGCUCGGCAAACCGUUCAAGCUCACCGCAAAAUUCGACAACUACACCAGAUUCAACACAAGGAGGGAAAGGAUAAUCAAAGAAAUACUCAACGCUAAAAUCAUAAAACCACCACCAAGAGCUGGGAGCUAUCAAGACCAGAGAUUUAUGGACAAAAGCAAGCAUUGUGCCUUCCACCAGAAGUACGGACACACAACCGAUGAGUGCGUAAUAGCCAAAGACCUAUUGGAAAGAUUAGCUCGGCAAGGCCUCCUAGAUAAGUACAUCGAAGGAAUGAAACAUAAAGAGAGCGAUAGGGACAAAGAAGAGCGCCAACAGACCACAGGAAACAAGGAAGCCAACAAAUGGUCAAACAACACCCCACCUAAAGGGGUUAUCAACUGCAUAUCCGGAGGAUUCACCGGGGGAGGCGAAACAACUUCGGCGAGAAAACGUAGUUACCGCGCAAUGCUGGCAAUCGAAGGAACAACACCACAUAGCAACAAACAUGUACCGGACCUAAAAAUCACCUUCAACCAGGAGGACAUAUGCUCGGCAGCACCAAACUUGGACGAUUCCGUGGUAAUUUCUAUACAAACAGGCGAAUUACUGGUAAGAAAAGUCCUUUUGGACCCAGGUAGCAGUGCAGAUGUUCUUUUUUACUCUACUUUCCUAAAAAUGAAAUUAUCCAAAAAACUAAUGCAACCCUCAUCUGGAGAAUUGGUAGGAUUCUCUGGAGAAAGGGUCCCGAUUAAGAGUUACAUAUGGUUAAAAACAACGAUGGGAGAGGACUCAUUAUCACAAACCAUCGAUAUACAAUAG